AUGGAGCGGGAUACUUACGCUUUAUAUAAUACACUGGGUGUACAAAAAACUGCUACUGAAGAAGAAAUUAAAAAAGCAUAUAGACGCCUAGCACUAAGAUUCCACCCUGAUAAAAAUCCAAAUGCUACCGAUCAGGUUCGUACUUCUUUUAAUAUUUCUCUUGUCAUUAGAAAGGAAGAAUUGAUGAUCUUACGGACACCUUGGUACCCAAUAAAUUUCAAGGCGAUUACUCAUGCUUAUGAAAUCCUAAGCGAUCCAAAAAAACGUCAAGUGUAUGAUAAAUAUGGAGAGAUGGGAAUCAGUAUGCUAGAUUCUGUGGCUGGCUUCCUAUUAGAUCCAGAAAUUCAAGGACCAUUAUGCAUGCUAUUCACCACAAUUUCACUUUUGAUAAUCCUCAUAAUUCUGUUUUUCAUCUUCUUGUCAAUACGAGUAGAUGGUUCUGUGUCGUGGAGUUACGGUGUUGUAUUCAUACCAAUAUGGAUUGAAGAUAUUAUUUUGUUUUUUGUACUUAUUGCUUAUGCAAAUGCAAGAAAGGAUCCUUCUGAAGAAGGUGAUAUUGAUGAUGAAUAUGAAGAUUUAUAUUCUCAAGACCCUGGUGUUAGAGAACAAGCUAGGGAAGCAAGACGAAAACAACAAAAGACUCUCUCCAGAACGCGUAAUUUUUUACAUAAUGCUUAUUUGAUAAUGAUCUUAUUGUUUCAAGUUUUUAUCGUUCUUAGAGCAGAUAAAUUAAUAAGUUGGAGAGCCGUUAUCAUAUUUGUUCCAUAUUUUAUUGUCGAGGCUAUCAAUUUAUUUCCGAAUUUUGUAGAAUACAGGGACUUAUUAAGAUCUGCUAGAGUGCUAGAUGUCAAUGGCAACCCUUCCAUUUAUCUUAAGAUUAAGUGUUUCUUUGAUACUUUUUGGUGGUUUGCUAUCCGAGUAGCACUUUCCAUCUUGAUUGUGCUCAGAAUUGAUGAAGUUAUCAUUUGGAGUUGGGGCAUCGUUUUCAUUCCGUUAUAUUUAAUUGCUGUUAGAUAUGGUCUUCGGCUUUUAUGGCAAUGGUGGAGUUUAAGGCGAGCUGAACCUUUGCAGAAUAAAGGAAAAGUAGAUGUUAUAGUUGGUGCGGUUACAUUCUUUGUGGUGGGUUCCCUAUUUUAUACUGUUGUAGGUUUGUUAGCUAGUAGGUUAGAUGGUAAUACGGGAAUAAAAUUAUCUUCAAUCUUAAUUCCUGUAUUUAUCACAAUGUCUCUCAUCUUAUGUUGUACGGGAUGCUGUUUACCUUGCAUUCUCUUAGCAUGGAAUGGUGAUGAUCUUGAAAAUGGUUCUGAUUCUGCAUUUAAAACUAUUGAUAAACGGAUUACUUAUCCUACAGCGGCUGGUCCAAGUACUGCAUUUGCUAGUGGUAGCAAUUAA